AAGAAUGGCAAUAUCAAUGCUAUUAAUCCUAAUUCUUACAACAAUCACUAGCACUAAUUAUCUAACCCUAGCCUAUGAAUCAAGCCCUCUUCAAGAUUUUUGUGUUGCCGAUUUCAAAAGUCCAGUGAGGGUGAACGGCUUCACUUGCCUAGAUCCUAAACAAGUGAAGGCCGACCACUUCCAUUUCCGGGGCCUACACAUCCCUGGAAACACCUCAAAUCCCAUGGGAUCCUUCAUAAACCGGCCCACAGUCUUCGAGAUCCCCGGGCUCAACACUCUCGGUAUCUCCACCGUGCGUGUGGACUACGCGCCCCGAGGGGUGGUCCCGCCCCACCGCCACCCCCGCGCCUCUGAGGUACUGACGGUGCUUGAGGGCACCGUGCUCGUGGGAUUUGUUACGUCGGACCCCGAGAACAAGCUAAUCUCGAAAGUGCUGCAGAAGGGCGAUGUUUUCGCGUUUCCAUUUGGAUUGAUUCAUUUUCAACAGAAUGUUGGGGAAAACGACGCUGUUACGAUUGCGUUUUUGAGCAGCCAAAACCCCGGCGUGAUCGCCAUCGCAAACUCCGUAUUCGGCUCUGAUCCAUCGAUCGAUGUUGAUGUGUUAGCCAAAGCUUUCCAAGUCGACCAUGCCAUUGUUGAUAAGCUGCAAGCUCCUUAUAAAUUAUAAAUGUAUUUUUUGUCUUUAGAGUGAUUUCCUUAUUUUUUUAUAUUUUUUUUAAUUACCAAGGGUAUCCAUCUGCGGGCCCAAUUGUUUUGCACUGUUUCUGUACUUUUACUUUGCUCGCCAAUUUUUGGCUUCGAGCAUUUUUGUUGUAAAAUAAGUGGGAAAAAAUAAGUGUAUGGAUUAUAAAAAUAGUGGAAGGGUUAUGUAAAUAAAGAAAAAUAAAUGUAUAUUAC